AUGAUUUUGGAAGCUGGUUCAAAUCCGAUAGAAACAAUUAAACACCCUGGGGAAUUCGACACAAUGUUGAAAACAGUUUUAUAUCCUAAAGAUUUGGAUUCAGUCUCAGGUUGGAUACCCGAUGUUGGCGAUGGAAGUGUUUUAAAAGAACCGGUAAGAAAUCUUGCAAAUGAUGCCGAUUUAGCUAGAGUGAGAGUUGUUGCUCGAAACACAAUAGAAAGAGUAGCACGAGCAGCUAAUCAUGGAUUCGAAAAACGAGUACUUCAGUACAAUAAUAUUGUUGAGAAUAAUAGGUGGGGUAAUUACGUAAAUUGGAAAUUAUAUCCUUUAUUCGGUCUGUUGGAACACAGAAAGGUUUCCAUAGGGUUACCAUAUAAAAUUCAUCUACAAAGAGAAAUCAACGAUGAUAAGAUAUUUUUUGGAGAGAAUGGUUCAGAUGCAAAAUUAGAAAUAACGAAUCUCCAACUUUAA